AUGGCGAAGCUGACUGACCUUCCUCCCGAGAUAAUUCUCAUGAUUAUCAAGAUUCUUCGACCUCGAUUGGAUGGCAAGCUGUCAGUCGCGACAGGCCAUGAGAAAGCAUCGGCAGAAGAUUACUACGACACUGAAUUCACCGUCAGCGAUCUUCUUCACGAAAACAGUCAGAAGCGCCACGCUUUAGCGAGCUUUGCCCUUUCUCACAGGGCCUUCACUCGAGCUUCAGUUGAGCAAAACUACACCAUUGCCGGAAUCCACAAGCUUUACGAAAGAACGGCGUUGAAGAGGAUGGUAUCGCUUCUCCGACUUAUCGACUGCAACAACACUGUACGCACCUCUAUCCGACAUCUCUACGUCCACGCACGACAUCCAACAGUGACCAGGGAUUUCAUAGACUUUUAUGAAGCGAAGGUGGCUACUUUACUGGAUUCAUUCGGGCCCAUGAGCCUUGAUGUGCCUUGUCUCGAAUCUCUCGACUCGACCGCUGCUGUGCCGUCUCGUUACCUCAUUGGUUACUGCUUUGCGCUCAUUCUUAUUCGCCUUCCAAGUCUCCAGAAGCUCACACUUAGUGUGGAGCAACCGACGCUGCGAACCAUGGCCCAGGUUCUCUCGGUCGCUCGAACUCACCAGAAUCCCAAUUCAAACACACCCACACCGUUGUCUAUUCCUAUCCUUCAAGCUCUCACUAUUAGCGAUUUAGGGUUGGAGUACAUCGAAGAACUGGAACCAUGUCUGUGGACGAAACCCGGUUCUGAAAGAUGCUUCCACAACUCCGUCCUCCGCCAGCAUUUCAAUGUUUCUACUGUCACUUCUUUGGUGCUCGACAAAGUUCACAUGGAGAUACCUCUUCUGGCUAAGACGGUUCGCGACUGUCUAGCCCUGAGGAAGCUUGUCUGCGUUCGAUUCGUAGCUCUGAUGAUGUCGUCCUCGGAUCUCGAUGCAUUCAUGGAUGCCAUACAGGAUCAAUGCAAGACUUUGAUCACCCUUUGUCUGGACCUAAGCACCUGGCACUACGUGCAAGACCAGCGUGUAUAUGAUCGCAUUGCGACGCUUGGCGACCUGCCCAGUCUGACGCAGCUAUGGAUCACUACAUGCACCUUCGCUGAUAACGACGAAGAAGAUAACAUCGAUAACAGCGAAAGUCAGGGCCACAACAGUAAUGAGAGCGACACAGAUGACAGUAACUUGGCAGAACAUGAGGUCUUCGAGACCUUUCUCCCAAGGCUUCCUGAGUCGUUGAAGCGUUUGCACCUAGGUGGAGGAGUGCGCCCGAUCCGAAAAAGUCUGCUGGACAUGGUCCAACGCAUCAAGAUGGGAGGUCUGAGAAAUCUGCGGGAGAUUGCUUUGAGCAGGGGACAGUGGGACGAUGAGCUUGAGGAGGCGUUCGCGGAGUACGUCCCGUUGCGAACGACAGUUGAUCCACGCCCUGCCAUGUGGUAG